AAGAACUUAGUAAACAUCAGUCACUGAUGAUUCUCUCCAAUAUGCCGCCAUACAAAGUUUUAUUAUUUAUUUCGGUGAUUAUUUCUGUAAUCGCUGCUGAUGUUGACGUUGCUUCUGCAUUCAUAUCCUUUGAAAUAGUUCCAGAUGCUAUUUCAAGUGCCCCUGAAAAUCCUUUGACGAUAAAGUACGCAAGUGGUGUGGAGGUGAAGUAUGGCAAUGAAUUGGCUCCAACUGACGUUAAGGAUCAGCCAAUGGUAACUUGGGAAGCUGAUCCAGAGGACUUUUACACACUUCUCUUCGUGGAUGUCGAUGCUCCAAGUCGCACAGAACCUUCAAUUCGUUCCGUGAAGCAUUGGCAUGUGGGAAAUAUUCCGGGAAAUAAUGUAACUGAAGGUGAGACGAUCGCUGAUUUUUUCGGUUCUGGUCCACCGGCAGACACUGAUCUGCACAGAUACGUUUUCUUUGCCUUCAAGCAACCUGAUGGCCAAAUUGAUUUUUCAGAUGAAAGAAAGUCACCGAAAUAUAUCCUUAAUGGUCGUUUGUCCUUCUCAACAAAUGACUUUGCUGAGAAGUAUUCCCUUCAGCUCUUUGGAGGAAAUUUUUACCAAUCUCAGUAUGAUGACUACGUUCCCAUAUUGCAUGCGCAAUUGCGUCCGGAAUAAAUUAUUGAUUACUCGCACUCUAUCUUAUAUAAUAUGGACAAUUGUAUGCAAUGGAGUUUCUGUUUUAAUUAUACAAUAAAUGCGCACUAAUUGGUUCGAUUUUCUUGACAUUUUAAUCAAGAUAAUAAAAUAUUUUGCUUCCUUUUCUGCCUACGUGUUCUUUCAAAAAAUCCAUAAAUCUGUCAUCAACUAACAUCAGGACAUAAAAAUAUAAUCACGCACACCAGAAAGUGCUAUAAUAAACGCGUUAAAUGUAUUAAAAUUAUUUUAAUUAUUGCUUUGAUAUGUAAUUGAGCAAAUAUUGUAUGAAACGCUGAUAUUUAAUUAUAAUGUGUGUUUAAUCGAACUGUUUGCUGAUUAUGUAAACGAAGCAUGUAAUAUAA